ACUUGCGCUUUGUGAUUGGUCCGGCGGCUUCUGGGAUCUGUCAUGUGUCCCAGGUACCGCCUUACCAUUCACAAUGAGCACCACUUCUUGCGCAUGCGCACUUGGCACUCAGCUGUCAUGCCCAGCGCCCACACUACAGAAGCCGGGAAGACAGAGCGCCGCUGGAUAGAGGAACAGGUAAGGUCCCGCUGCAGAGCUGAGCGGCCAGCCUGGUAUUCUGACACGGGCAACGGUGGAAAUACCGGACCGGCCGCUCCAUAAAAGACGCACCGACAU